AUGGAGAAGCAGGAGUCCCCAACCUCUCGUGGGACCGAUCUCUCGUCCAAAAACCACCAUAAUGACUGUCGCGAGCUUGUGGACUUGACUGGAAGUGUCUACAGCACAAUUCCGUCUGGCUUCAAGCCAGUUCUUACAUUCGCAUCAGAAGACCUCCCAGGAAAAGAUAGAGAGGAUGUAACAGUCAUCGACAAGGUAGAUGGCACUUCCACCAAAAAUGGCGUGGUAGUCAUAGGUACCGAGACUUGGGAACCUUUCACUUGGUAUACAAGACAUAAGCACCAAACAUUCACUCUUGUCUUGCGUCCUACGGAGACCACGAGCAGUGAUGUUGAUAUACUCAGCAUCAUCAGCCAUUUGACGCUGCCAGAUGCAACUCCGACAAUCUCAAGCGAGGAGUUGACUUCAAGUUCGUCAACUUCGGAGAGUUUGGUGAUUCCAACUGCUGCGGAACCUUCCAACGGCUCUCUAUCUGCAGGCGGAUGGAUAUUUGUAUUAGUUGCGGCCGUGUUUUUGCUUUUCCUAUCCAUCAUGGCCACUAUGUUUAUAAUACUCCGUUCACGUUCCAGGCACAAUCAGGACAAUUUCAACAUCCAGCUCGACAAUGCUCCCUUUGAGCAUACUUACAUGGAGCCUGCGCAGCCUGUACAGCCAGCGCCAGCGAUUUGGAAGUCAUGA